AUGCAGCCUCCACGCGAGCGCGAUACGUCUACGGUAGUUGAAGUUGGGGAAACCGUUCCAUCAACAAGUGCGACUAGUGCGGCGAGUUACGAAAUUGAAACGGAUAACAAAAACGUGUGUUCAGAAGCAGAUACUUCCAAAUCCCCCGUCUCCGAACAGGCAGUGAAUUCAAACAUUUUGUUUAUUCUCAGUGACGACCCAGUCGAGUGGGAAAUCAAUGAUUCUCUUCGAAAUUACGUGGCAAAAUAUGGAUUUAAGCAAAAUUUGGAUGCCGACUUCAAGAAAAGCAAACGCGAAUAUAAUGAUCAUGCGCGAUAUUUUACACGUUCUAUGUUCGAGCGAGAACUUAAAAAUUGCGAAAAAAUUCAGAGGGACUGGUUAAUUUACUCUCAAAGCUCAGGUCGAGUUUAUUGCGGGCCUUGCCUCGCCUUUAACGGUGGUUCACAGUUUGGCGUUCUAAAGGAAGGUUUCAAUGACUGGAAAAAUGCGAAACGCUUGGCACAACAUGAAAAUUCGCCAGAUCAUAAAUCUUCAGUUCUUCAAAUGUUGGAGAGAGGUAAAAAACACGGACGGAUUGAUCACCAGGUAGAACGUCAACUAGAAGAAGAAAAAGUAUAUUGGAAAAGUGUGUUGAGACGAGUGGUUGAAACCGUAAAAUCUCUCGUGUCGCGAGGUUUGCCGUUACGAGGCGACAAUGAAACAAUCGGUUCGGUCCACAACGGCAAUUUUUUAAUGGCUAUUGAGCUUAUCGCACAGUUCGAUCCAUUUAUGGCUACUCAUAUUGCGAAAUACGGCAACCCUGGUAGCGGUCGCACCAAUUACCUUUCGUCAACUAUUUAUGAAGAGUUCGUCGAAAUUUUAGCAUCGAAAGUGACAGAAUUGGUUUUAAGUGAAAUACACAUCGCCAAGUAUUUUUCUAUCAUUGUGGACUCUACGCCGGAUUUAACACACGUUGAUCAACUAUCUUUAAUAAUUCGUUAUGUUCAAAGUGAUGGUACGCCAAUAGAGCGAUUUAUUAAAUUUAUUCCGAAUGUUGGGCAUAAAGCUGAACUCAUAAAAGACGCUGUGGUGGAAUUAAUUGAAGAGCUUAAAAUAAACAUGAAUAAUUGUCGAGGGCAAUCAUAUGACAAUGCUGCAAACAUGUCCGGGCCUUACAACGGUUUACAAGCUAAAAUUAAACAAAUUUCUCCAACUGCCGAAUAUGUUCCCUGUGCGGCUCACUCACUGAAUUUGGUUGGAGAGUGUGCUGCAAAAUGUUGCGAAUCAGCAGUCCUUUUUUUUGAUACCUUGCAAGAAGUUUACACAUUUUUCACAGCGUCAACUGCCAGAUGGAAUAUUUUAUUUAACCAAUAUGAGAAAGCAGAGAAAAAGCGAAAGGAAUCGAAAGAGAACAAGAGAACACAUAUCUUGCAAAAUCUGUCAAAAACUCGAUGGUCAGCACGUUCAGAUGCCUGUGUAGCGUUGUUCGAAUCCUAUUGGGAAGUGAUUAGUGCUCUUUUUGACGUCGAAGAAGAUGACCAGCAAAAUCCAAACGCAAAAUGUGAAGCUAAAGGAAUUCGUUUAAAGCUUGAAAGUUUUGAAAUGGCCUUCAUGGUUGUUUUUUGGGGCUUUCUUCUCGAGCGUUUUAAUCUAACUAACAAACUGCUGCAAGACCCAGAAAUUGAUAUUUUCACUGCCGUCCAGUUGUACGAUUCCUUAAUCGCUCUCAUUUCUGAGAGUCGUGAGAAGUUUGAUGGAUUUGAAACCGAAGCAAGGACUUUACUCAUGACAGCCGCUGAAAGUUACCAGAAAGAUAAGGGGCGAAAAAGAAAAAGAACGCUUCGAUCAGGCGAAAAAGCUACGGGAGAGGUGGAAUUCAAUGGCCGUGACACCAUGAGAGUUGAAACUUUCCUAGUGAUCAUUGACAAACUAAUUACCGAACUUAAGAAACGUCGAAAUGCGUAUGAAAUGUAUUAUGAGCGAUUUUUUUUCCUUCUAAAUUUAACAGCCCUCAGUUCAGAAGAGUUGAAGAAAAAAGCUGAAGCGCUUGUUCAAAUAUAUCCAGAUGAUAUAGAAGAAUGUUUUAUUGGCGAAUGUAUUCAAUUUCAAGCUUUGUGCAAUUCCCAAAAUUACACCGAGGACGCAAAAACACCAACCAAAUUGUUGAAAAAAAUUCGGAAUCAAAAUAUUCACAGCGUGUUUCCGAAUAUUGACAUAGCUCUUCGGAUGUGUGUAUGCACGCCAAUAGCUAAUUGCUCUGCCGAGAGAAGUUUUUCAUGUCUACGACGAGUUUUGAACUACCUCCGAUCAAGCAUGAAUGAGGAAAGACUGAGUGCCUUGGGGAUUUUACAAAUUGAGAACGAGAUACUUCAAUCUCUGGACUACGAAGAAAUCAUCGACGCGUUUGCUGCUAAAAAGAGUCGUCGUGUGUUACUGCAUUGA